AUCAGCAGAAUGAUAAUGGACAGGAGGAUUUUAUUAAUAUUCGGAUUGGCAGUAUGCCUGGCCGGUGUGCAGGGCCAGCACCUCGUGCAUUGCACCAAGACUCUUGACUGUCAGAGCCACCAUCCCCUCGAGCACUAUAGAUGCGGAUUGCACGAGUACAUCGUGUGUGAGGGAGGACACUGCGUCUGCUCCCUGGGAUUUGGGCCGGAGCCUUGUCAGACGCCCGCCGACUGCCAGGUCACUUGCACGGACCCUAGUGAGUCCCACUGUAUUGACAGCUACUGCGCGUGUCACGUGGCUUGAUGGACACAUGACACUAAACAUUGAAAUCGAUGCAGACGACAUACUCUGAUUUCUGUUCUGAUAAGCCAAUAAACAUAUAAAAAUGCGA